CAUGUGAACGCAACACAAAGCACGCAUGUGCAGUUUCUUGUCGAAGCCGAUUGGUUCGUUUCAAACUCAGAGCGCCGUCCUGUUAUUUUGUUUAGCUCUACGUUGGUUAGCAUAGAAAAGAAUAUUCUUCUGUUUUAGCGCCCGAUGUUCCAGAUAUAACAGCAACGAUGAUGGAAUCAUGCCCUGACAAGGCUGAUAAGCAGGAACAGGUAGCAGCUGACGUUUUGAAAGGGGCGCACUUAUCAGAAGUUGGCACCUUAGCAGACUCACAGGAUUCCUGCACCGAGGAGAAAGAACACCUUCAGGUCUACCUCCGAGUCCGACCUUUCACCUCAGCAGAGACAAACAGUGGAGAGUCUCAGGACUGUGUUACCAUCGAGCUCCCUGACACAGUUCUGCUCAAGCCUCCCAGUUCGUCCCUCUCAGCAAGACUGAGCACCGACAAAGCUUUUCCACAGACUGGACAGCACUUCCAGUUCUCUCAGGUGUAUGGCCCUGAGACAACACAGAGGGAGCUGUUCGCAGGCACGGUGAAGGAUUUGGUGAAAGAUGUUCUCGAAGGCAGAAACUCUCUGGUUUUCACUUAUGGAGUCACAAAUGCUGGGAAGACCUUUACAUUCCUCGGUCCGGAUUCUGACGCUGGCAUCCUGCCCAGGUCUCUCGAUGUCAUCUUCAGCAGCAUCAAUGAAAAGGUUUUCCCUGGAAUGAGCAUCAAGCCGCAUCGCUGCCGAGAGUUCACAAGGCUCACUGUGGAGCAGCAGACGGAGGAAGCAUUGUUCAAGCGAAGCCUCCUCAGACAGCUAAAAGAGAGUGCAAAGAGCAACAUCAGUCUGUUGAACUCGACCAACAGGACUGUCAUUGAAGGCACCUCCAUGCUGUGGACCAAUGCAGAGGAUGAAAUCUCACUGGAGGUGGAAGCUAACACCAAGUUCUCUGUUUGGGUUUCUUUCUGUGAAAUUUACAACGAGAACAUUCACGACCUUCUGGAAGUGGCGCCUGGUGGGGCCCUGAGGAGGACCGCACUGCGCCUCUCGCAGGAUGUCAAGGGAAACGCGUUCGUCAAAGAUCUGCGCUGGGUUCAGGUCAACAGUGCCGAAGAGGCGUACAUGGUGAUGAAGUUGGGAAAGAAGAACCAGAGCUUCUCCUCCACUCGACUCAAUCACCUGUCCAGCAGGAGCCACAGCAUUUUCUCCAUUCGAAUUUUGAGGAUUGAGGACGUCGGGACACCGAGGGUCCAAACUGUCAGCGAGUUGUGUCUGUGUGACCUGGCUGGCUCUGAGCGUUGUGCGAAGACUCACAACAAAGGAGAGCGUCUGAAAGAAGCAGGAAACAUCAACACGUCGCUGCUCAUUCUGGGAAAAUGCAUCAAUGCUCUGAGACACAAUCAGCAGGCCAAGCUGCUGCAGCACGUUCCCUUCAGAGAAAGCAAGCUGACCCACUACCUGCAGAGCUUCUUCUGUGGUCGGGGUAAAGCCUGCAUGAUCAUCAACAUCAACCAGUGCGCCUCCAUGUACGACGAGACGCUCAACGUCCUCAAGUUCUCUGCUGUGGCGCAGAAGGUUGUAGUUCUGUCCUCCAAACCCGUUCCCUUCAUGCCACAGAGGUCUGUCGGUGAGGUGUCCUUCAUCAUGAACAGCACGGAGAGCAAAGCUCUCCGGAGCAGCAGGACGAGCUCCCUGAUGGGCUUUGAAAGCAGUCUGGAGGACGUACAGGAGGAUGAGGAUGAUGAGUGUGAGGAAGAGGAGAGCAUGAUGAUGGACACCACGGAUCAGACCGAAGCCGGAGAAGACGGUGAAGAUAAAAUUCUCGUCUGUAAGAAGACGCAUCAGAGGCAGGCGGUGCUGUUAAACCACCUGCAGGUGCAGCUGAAGAAAGCCAGAGCUGAAAGUCUGCUGAUGGAGUCCCGAGUCCGAGAGGACAUCGGCAGAGAGUUCUCCGAGCUUUUCUCCGAGAUGCAGAACGAUUACAAUGAGCGUCUGGCCAGAGAGAGAGAAAUCCUGGAGGAGCGAGCUGAAAGGAGGCUGGAGAUUUUCAAGAAUCUCAUCAACAAAAUGGCUGCUGGACCCAGUGGAGAGGCAGAAGCCGUGGACAAAUUUCUGAACUGCUCCUCUGAACUGGUGGGAGGAAAGAAAUCCACUGAUGCCGCUCAGAGGAGUGCAGAUCCAGGCCGAGCAGGACCUCGGGCAGGUGCUGAGCUGGAACCGAAUGAAGGGCAGCAGGAAGCCCCGGAACCGCUGGCUCACAAGUGCAAUGCCAGAGGACAUGAGAAUGAGGAGAAGAGGACAGUCCUCUUCGAGCUCCAAGAAAUGUCAUCAGAGGUUUCCCGGCUGGAGAAACAAGUGGGAGACCUGCAGAGGACGGCAGAGCUGGCCCAAGAGAAGAGCUCCCGUGAGAAAGAGCAGCUGCAGGGGGCUUUGACAGCUCUCCAGAAAGAGCUCCGAGCCAGAGAAGAGGCCCUUGCUGUGUUGGAGGGCCAGACUUUGGGAAAAGAGGAGGCACUAGCAUCUUUAAAGGAGGAGAGGAAAAAAAGGGAUGAGGCCGUUGCAGCAGUUGGAGAUCUAAAGCAAAGUAACGAGAAGAUGCUGGAGUCCCUUGAAGAAGAGAGAAAAGGCAAAGAGAAAGCAAUGGCAGCCCUGGAAACUGAGAGGAGAGCCAAGGAGGAGGCCAUGGCAGCGCUCGCUGCUCUUCAUGAAGAGAAGAGUAGCAGGGAGGAGGAGGAGAGUAGGGAGAUAAGCAGGCUGGCAGAGCAGAGGAGGCACGAGGAGGCGGACGCACUCCGACAAGAACUGGGAGAGCUGACUGUGAAACUGGAAACUGCAGAACACCAGGUGACCAGCAACGCAGAGAGAGCUGAAGAAGCCUUUGUCCAACUACAAGCUGCUCACGCACAAGUGGAUGAACAAGCCAAGGCGAUUCAGGAGAAGUGUUCCCAGAUCCAAACUCUGACACAGGAAGCUGACAGGCUAAAGCAGGAAGUGCACACCUCUGCAGUGUCACAAGGUGCGAAUGAGAAACUGCAAGAGGAAGUGUCUCAGUUUCAGAAGAGCCUGGCUGAGGAAAGACAGAAAACUGAGGCCAAGCACAGAGAAGUGCUGGAUCUGGAGCACGAGCUGGCUGAGGUCAAACAACAGCUGGCACACAAACAGCUGGUCCUGGACCAGCAGCUGGAGCUGUCGAGUCAGAAGGAGGCAUCUUCAAAACAGGAAGUUGAAGAACUGCAAAAUAAACUUAAGCAGCAGGGAGAGAUGUCACAGGCACCACUGGAUGAUCUCCAAACUCAGCUCGAGUGCCAAAAACGGGAUUCCAGAGAGGAAGCGGAGGAGCUGAGAGGAAAACUCGAGCAGCAGACGGCGGCCUCGGAAAGGCAGGUCGAGCAGCUCAAAGAGAGGCUGCGAGAACAAGAAGCAUCAUCGCUGCAGCAGCUGGAAGAGUUGAAACGCAGACUGAGUGAACAAAAAUCCGAUUCCAGCAAGCUCGUGGAUGACCUCAGACAGAAGCUCAGCGAGCAGGAGCGAGCUGCAGAGCGCCUCAAGACAGAGCUGGAAGACGCCAGGAUUCACUCAGAGGCUAAAGAGCUCAAGAGGAUGAACUCUGACCUCCAGGCUGAGGCUGCGUCACUCAGGGAAAAAGUUUCCAAUAUGGAGAAACAAAAGGAGUCCUGCAAAACCGAAGCUCAGCCGUCGUCCUCAGAGACCGAGAGGAUGCUGGAGGAAAAGGACAGUCAGAUGGAGGAGACGCUAGCAGAGCUGCAGAAAGAGCUGCUGGAAAAGGAUGCACAGGUGACAUCCCUGAAGAAGAGUUUGCAGGAGGCUCAGGAGCAGCGUGAGGAGGACGAGUGCCAAGCUGUUCAGGAGGCCCGGCGCAAGGAGGUCGAAAGGAGACGGGAGCUGCUGGCGGUGGCGCACGAGGCCAUCGCUCAGAAGGAAGCCGAGCUGAAGAAGAGAGACGAGGACAUCAGCAGGCUAAAGGAAAACGCCAAGCAGGACUCAGAGAAGGUGAAGAGCCUCAGCGUGGACCUUCAGAGGAAGGAGGAGGACUCUUCAGACCUCAGAGAGAAGCUGGCUGACUACAAGAAGCAGAUGCAGCAGGUCCAGAAGGAGAUUUCAGCCAUGAGAGACGAGGAGAAGGUUCUGAAGCAGAAACUGUCCGACGCUGAGAAAGCAAAGAAGCAGCUUCAGUCUGACCUCGCCGGCAGAGACCGAACCAUCCAGCAGCUCAAAGUGGAGCAGUCAUCUCAUGCAAAGUCUGACAAGACGCUGCAGCGCUACCAGCAGGCCUGUAAAGAGCUGGAGGCCAAGGAGCGGGUGAUGGAGGGCAUGCGUUUGGCUCUGUCGGAGCAGGAGGAUACUCAGGAGCAGCUGGAGCAGGUCCUGGAGGAGAAACUUAACCUCAUCCAGGAGCUCUCCAGUGAGGUGGAAAAAUUGAAAGAGAUGCUGCAGCAGCAGGGAAGUGGAAACAACACACACCAGCAGCUCAGCAACAGCCAAUCAGAUGACUUAAAAAGGGCCAAACAGGAAGCAGCUGAAGCUCAGGACAGCGUGAAGAUUUCUGCGGAGAAGCACCAGGCGGACCGCAGGAAAUGGCUGGAGGAAAAAGUCUCCCUGAUCAGCCAAGCUAAAGAGGCCGAGGACAAGAGGAACCAAGAAAUGAGGAAGUUUGCCGAAGACAGAGAGCGCUGCACUCGGCUGCAGAGCGAGCUGGAGUCCCAGCUGGCUGAAAAGGAGAAAACCAUGGAGAAUUGGAGGCAGGAGCGAGACACUCUGGUCGCAGCUUUGGAGGUCCAGCUAAAAAGGCUUCUUUCCAGCCAAGCAGAGAAAGACAAGCUCAUCCAGCAGCUGCAGCAAAAUAACACACAGCCGCCACAAGAGGGCAGCGACGGUGGUCCCAGCGUGGCGACGCUGCAGGCUGCUCUGUCUGAAAAGGAGGCAGAGAUCCUGAGGCUGACGGAGCAGCUCAAGGCCUCCACAGUGAAACAGGAGGACACAGUGACACAGGUCAGUGUUUUAAGCCUUACUCGAGUCAAACAAGAACUUUUCAAGAUCAGAUAUCCACCCAUGGUUUCGAGCGGCUGUCCGUCAGUCCUGGAGUCCUCUGAGAUUUCCACAGAGGAGGGCAGAAUGAGUCGCUUCCCUCGGCCUGAGCUGGAGAUCUCCUUCAGCCCGCUGCAGCCCAACCGCAUGGCUCUGCGCCGGCAGGGAGAGGAGGGCGCCGUCACCGUCAAAAUCACCCGCUCAGCACGCAAGAGGAAGAGCGGCGAGAUGGAGAAGGAGGAAGUGGAGGCAGAGAACAGGCGGAACACGAGAACCAAACUGACGCCAAAGCUGACCCCACACCGGGAAGAGAGCUCCUCCCCAGCGGGUCGUCACGACUCCCAGAUCAGCGUCCGCAGCAGGAAGGAAGGAACGCUGCAGAAGAUCGGAGACUUCCUGCAGAGCUCCCCCACGCUGCUCGGCACUAAAGCCAAGAAGAUGAUGAGCCUGGUGAGCGGACGGGCCGGCACAGAUGCAGCAGCCUCCUCUUCCUCCCUCAGUCUGAGAGCAAAGAAGAACAAAAGGAAACUCUACAGGCCCGAAAUCUCCUCCCCCAUCGACAUGCCCGCGCACCCAAUCAUCAGCAGAGAGCCGGAGGAGAAAGAGAGCGACCAUCAGAUCAUCAAGAGGCGCCUUCGAUCCAGGAAGGCCAAAUAAUUUAGUCCAUUUGGAGGCGUGGCCCGCGCCCAUGACCAUUUCCAGGCUAAGCUAACAGCCUGCUGCUACUUAACCCAGACAUGGUGGUGAUUUCAGUAUUUUCCCGACCGAUUCAAGUAUUUCAGCGUUAACUUAACGUAAACUUAAGUUUGAGUUUUUCUCAGUAAAUACUUCACUUGUUAGAUUUCUUUUGUGAUUCUUAAGAAUCAGAGAUGGGGAGAAAAAUACAGGCUAGCCAGUUAGCAGUUAGCAGGGAGGCUCAGCUGCAGGUGAGGGGGCAGCAUCUGAAAACAAACUCAAAAAUCAUCAAAUGUAAAUAAAUCUGUGUGACGCACUCAA